AUGGCAUCCUCCAUCGGCUCCGUCUCUGGGAAGGAAGGCACCCAGUCUACAGCCCUGUCGUUGACAAGCCUUGCAUUUGAAGAAGUUUUCCAUCAGCUGGAGGCAUUCGUCGUCGGAAAAAAGGCAUCUGCAUCAUUUGUCUGUGGAGGAAUUAUCCCCAUUGAUACAAAAGCCGUAGCUGGCCCCACAUCCUCCCAGCCCAUCUCAGUGUCGCCGCCAGUGAGAAUUUGCUGGUAUACAGAUGAUGACAAUAUCUCGCGAGUGUUAACUCUACCUCUUUAUUCGAACGCUGACUCCAAAUCUGCAUCCGAUAAUUUGCAUCGACUUCGGAAUGCUUCAAAUGUGGAGCAAAUUCUCCUUCCAAACUUCAACACACUGUCCCAGAACUCUCUACCCUUCCGGAAACUGAGCGCCGAGUUAUACAACCUGAAUGUUUAUUCGGGACCAUCUGGCCAUUCCCGGCAGCAUGUUGACACACCGCGAUCCCAGAGCCAGAUCGGCUCGCUGGUUGUUUGCUUACCCGCUCCUUUCCAAGGCGGCAACUUGAUCGUUCAGAACGAGGGAAAACAGGUUGUGUUUGACUGGAGUCACCAGAGUGCAUCUGCAAUUCAAUGUGCAGUAUUCUAUAGUGACUGCGGGCACGAGAUCGAAACGGUCACGGAGGGCGAGCGCAUUACCUUGACAUACAACCUCUACGUAACCGAGCCAGUAGGGGGAUCGAUUCCACCAAGCUUGAUUCUUGAUCCAAGGAGCUUGUCCCUGCAUAGCUUCUUGCGAGAACUUGUCAUGGAGCCAGGCUUUAUGAAAAACGGCGGUGCUUUCGGGUUCUAUUAUUCUCACGCUUACCCUCAUACAUCCGAUGAGGCUCCAAUGCUACUUCCAAGGGCACUCAAGGGUGCCGACCUUGUGUUGUACUCUGUUUUCAAAUCCCUUGGUAUAUACAUUAAUGUUGUUCCAGUGAUUAUGGAAGAUGACCACAAAGGAGAUGACUAUGAAUAG